AUGGCCUCGAAGGCUUCCAUCCUUAACCCUCCGAACGAGACGGAGAACUCGUUCACACGAACCACCAAAGAAGGGAAGAAACUGACGUACACUCUGAAAGUCAUCCAGCAACCCGAGCGCGCGAGAGCAUGCGGUGCGGGAGCCAAGGCGUCUGCUGAUCGUCGUCCCGUCGACCCGCCGCCGGUGGUUGAGCUGCGGGUUCAUGAGUCCGACCAGAACGGAUUGAACAAGACCGACAUCACCUUCGCCUACAAUGCCAAUUUUUUCCUGUUCACCACCCUGGAGUGGGCUCGUCCCAUUGCCCAUGGACGAGUACAGGGCCAGAGCUCGGCCACGCCGCCCGUCUUGACCGGAGUGCCCGUGGCCGGCGUGGCAUAUUUGGACCGCCCUGUUCAGGCCGGGUACUUCAUUUUCCCGGAUCUCUCUGUCCGCCAUGAAGGCUACUACCGCUUGAACUUUAGUCUCUACGAGGAGGUCAAAGACCCGAAGGAUGAAGACAAAGAUCGGGGCAUCCGACGACCGGCUUUUCCUGCGACGAAGCCGUGCGAUCCUCGUGAACCAGAGGAAUACAUUUUCUUCCGCCUCGACGUGAAAACCACUCCCUUCACCGUGUACAGCGCCAAAAAGUUCCCUGGUCUCGCUGAAAGCACAAUGCUUAGCCGCACCGUGGCUGAACAAGGCUGCCGUGUGCGCAUUCGGCGUGAUGUCCGCAUGAGACGUCGCGAAGCAAAAGGCAACAAGGAUUUCCGCGGCGGUUACGAUGACAGGCAUAUGACGCCGGAUAGUUAUCCCAAUACUCCUGAUGAGCGCCCACGGUCGGCCAGCAACGCCUCCGCUGAGGUCCCAUAUCCGUACUGCCCGACGCCCCCUCGAGCCCCGUCCGCUCAGGGUUUCUCCUACUCGCCUGCUCCAUAUCAACAGCCGGUAGCCAUAGCUCCUCCACCCGGCCCGAGCCCUACCCCUCUUGCCCCGUCCCAUUUGGCGUUUGGCACUUGUCAGGUUCCCUAUAAUGCACCUCCUGUCAACGUGCAACAACAGCCUCCACCGCCGCCACCACCACAACCGCAACAGCAACAACCUCAACCAACCAGCCAGCCUCCAGCUGCGCCUAUAUACCCUUCUCCCCGGCCCAACUAUACUCACGGCAGACAAAUCUCUUGUGAUACGCAACCACAGAAAUAUGUUCCGUCACCGGUCCUGAAACCCGACCCACUGCCCAUGGAAUCGUCUAGGACAAGCCUACCACCUAUCUUGACAAAGCUCUCACCAAACCAGAAGCGUGUCCUCGACUCCACAACCAAUGAUCGGAAACACCCUCUGACACACAUGCCUCCGCCAUCCAAUCUGCCGAGUAAACCACAGCUCCCGAUGCCGACUCCUUUCCACAUCGUACCGGAGGUGCCCAUUAAACGCAAGCUCGCAAGCAAUCCCUUGCCUCCAAUCUUCGAUUCCGAUCGGGGAAAGGGUUGGAUUUUCUCGGAGCCACCGCCGUCUGGCAAGCGUUCUCACGGUGACUCGUUUGGGUCUGCGCACCUCAGCCGCCCUCUCUACGACGGUGCGCGCCCAGACAUUCCAUCCGACCCAGACCUCCGUGAUCCUCGUGACCACACUGGUGGUGAUGACGAUUCUAAUUCUCCAUCUGCGCCCUUUAUAUAUUAUCGCGCCGAUGGAAGAAUGGUGAGAAAAACGACUAGUAUGAAUGCGUAA